AUGGCUCCUGCUUUGAGUAGAAGCCUAUACACGAGUCCCUUGACUUCAGUCCCCUUUACUCCGGUUUCUUCUCCCAGAAACCAAUCCCGUCUCUCCCAUCUGAGAACCGCGUUUCUGCCUCGCGGCGGCGCUGGUUUGAGAGCCGGUGUUUCCUGUAGCUGGAAUCUCGAGAAGAGAUGCAAUCGUUUCACCGUUAAGUGCGACGCCGCCGUGGCGGAGAAGGAGACGACUGAGGAAGGGUCUGGUGAGAAGUUCGAGUACCAAGCUGAGGUUAGCCGAUUGUUGGAUUUGAUUGUUCAUAGCUUAUACAGCCACAAGGAGGUAUUCCUCAGGGAACUUGUAAGUAACGCAAGUGAUGCUUUGGAUAAGCUGAGGUUCUUGAGUGUGACAGAGCCUGCUAUGCUUGGAGAUGGUGGUGAGCUUGAGAUUCGGAUCAAGCCUGAUCCUGAUAACGGAACCAUCACCAUAACCGACACUGGUAUUGGAAUGACAAAGGAAGAACUUAUAGACUGCCUUGGAACCAUUGCUCAAAGUGGUACUUCGAAAUUCUUGAAGGCUCUAAAGGAAAACAAAGACCUUGGUGCCGACAAUGGGUUAAUAGGACAGUUUGGUGUUGGGUUUUACUCUGCUUUCUUGGUUGCUGAAAAGGUUGUUGUGUCCACCAAAAGCCCCAAAUCUGACAAGCAAUAUGUGUGGGAAUCGGUAGCUGAUAGUAGCUCAUAUUUGAUCAGAGAAGAAACAGACCCUGAAAACUUUCUUCGUCGUGGAACGCAAAUAACUUUGUAUCUAAGGGAGGAUGAUAAAUACGAAUUUGCGGAGUCUACGAGAAUCAAGAACCUUGUCAAGAAUUACUCUCAGUUCGUUGGGUUCCCCAUCUAUACAUGGCAGGAGAAAUCAAGGACUGUAGAGGUUGAAGAGGAAGAACCAGCCAAGGAAGGAGAAGAAGAGAAAGAGGGUGAGCCGAAGAAGAAGAAGACUACUAAAACUGAGAAGUACUGGGAUUGGGAACUAGCCAAUGAAACAAAACCGCUAUGGAUGCGCAAUGCAAAGGAAGUUGAAAAGGAGGAGUACAAUGAGUUUUACAAGAAGGCUUUCAAUGAGUUCUUGGAUCCACUUGCUCACACACACUUCACAACAGAGGGCGAGGUUGAGUUCAGGAGCAUUCUAUACAUCCCUGGGAUGGGUCCUCUUAACAAUGAGGACGUUACAAACCCGAAAACAAAGAACAUUCGUCUCCACGUGAAGCGUGUGUUUAUAUCUGAUGACUUUGAUGGAGAGCUGUUCCCGAGAUACUUGAGCUUUGUGAAGGGUGUGGUUGACUCAAACGAUCUCCCUCUUAACGUUUCACGUGAAAUUCUCCAAGAAAGCAGAAUCGUAAGAAUCAUGAGAAAGAGGCUCAUCAGGAAAACUUUUGACAUGAUACAAGAAAUAUCCGAAAGUGAAAACAAAGAGGAUUACAAGAAAUUCUGGGAGAACUUUGGUAGAUUCCUUAAAUUGGGUUGUAUUGAAGACACUGGUAACCACAAACGUAUCACACCGUUGCUUAGAUUCUACAGUUCCAAGAACGAAGAGGAAUUGACGAGCUUGGAUGAGUAUAUCGAGAACAUGGGAGAGAACCAAAAGGCAAUCUACUAUCUUGCGACCGAUAGUCUUAAAAGCGCAAAGUCGGCUCCUUUCUUGGAGAAACUAAUUCAAAAGGAUAUUGAGGUUCUUUACUUGGUUGAACCAAUCGAUGAAGUUGCGAUUCAGAAUUUACAAACCUACAAAGAAAAGAAGUUUGUUGAUAUCAGCAAAGAAGAUUUGGAACUCGGUGACGAAGAUGAAGUAAAGGAAAGGGAAGCUAAACAAGAGUUUAAUCUUCUCUGUGACUGGAUUAAGCAACAGCUCGGCGACAAAGUUGCCAAAGUCCAAGUCUCGAAUCGUUUGAGCUCUUCUCCUUGCGUGCUCGUCUCUGGCAAGUUCGGUUGGUCGGCUAAUAUGGAAAGGUUAAUGAAAGCACAAGCUCUUGGAGACACUUCAAGCUUGGAGUUCAUGAGAGGUAGGAGAAUACUGGAGAUCAAUCCAGAUCAUCCCAUCAUCAAAGACUUGAAUGCUGCUUGUAAGAAUGCACCUGAGAGCAGUGAAGCAACAAGAGUGGUUGAUCUUUUAUAUGACACUGCUAUAAUCUCGAGUGGAUUCACUCCCGAUAGCCCUGCCGAGCUAGGGAACAAGAUUUAUGAGAUGAUGGCGAUGGCGGUUGGAGGAAGAUGGGGCCGUGUUGAAGAAGAAGCUGCAGAAGAAGAAAGCUCGACUGUGAAUGAAGGAGAUGAUGGCAAAGAUGGAGAAGCAGAAGUAAUUGAACCAUCUGAAGUUAGGGCAGAGAGUGAUCCUUGGCAAGAUUGA